UUGGUCACGCAAGAAUACCGUAGAAGAGAGCAGCUGAUCUGUAAUAGUUUGUACUUAUUCAUCUGUCCAAAACAUUUCCAACCUAAAAAAGGAGCGGGUGAGCUAUUUUAGCUACGAUUUGCGAAAUAAUUCAAAUGUCGGAAGAUAUCAUUCAGCGGUAAAGCAUCAUUACUAGGACGAUGGAGGGUGAUCCGAUAAGCUCCCUGUGCAGCCCGGCCAUGGUGGUGGAUGUGGACAAAGUGAAGAGGAACGCUGAGAAAAUGAGGGAACGCUGGAGCAAUUUGGGAGUCACUCUACGACCACACAUGAAGACGCACAAGACCAUUGAGUGUGGUGAUAUAAUGACAGCUGGAUCUAGGCGGUGUAUUGUUGUGUCAACACUAGCAGAAGCCUGUUUCUAUGCUGACCAUGGAUACGACGACAUCCUGUAUGCCUACUCAGUGCCUUUCGACAAGGUGGAGCAGUGUGCGGUGCUGGCCGAGCGCCUGUCUCUGUUCCAGGUGCUGUUGGACCACAGAGAUGCUCUGGACCAGCUACGGAAGAGACCACUGACCCGCGGGCUGUGGCAUGUCUGGCUCAAACUGGACUGCGCCAAUGGGAGAGCCGGUGUUCUCCACUCAGAGCCAGAGGCGCUGCGAUUGGCACAGGCCAUCUUUGAGUCAGAGGGGGUGGAGCUGACAGGAGUGUACGCCCACUGUGGGAACACCUAUAGCUGCAAAGGGGUGGAGCAAAUACACUCUGUUGCUCAGGAAACCACCACCCUUGUACUUCAGUUCAUGGAGAAACUGAAGGCUGUAGGUAUCACCUGUAAGUCCAGUAUAGGCUCCACCCCCUCCUGCAGCCAGCCAAUCAGUGACAUGGCCAAGCUCAGUGAGGUGCAUCCUGGGAAUUAUGUCUUUUACGACGUGCAGCAGUCUGUGAUUGGUUCCUGCAGUCUGGAGGAUGUUGCUGUUAGAGUUCUGAGCAGGGUCAUAGGUCACUGUCCUCACAGGAACCAGCUGCUUAUUGACUGUGGCUGGACUGCACUCAGUCUGGAUGGAGCUGGGAAACUACCGACCGGGUUUGCUGUUAUAGAGGGACACCCUGAGCUCAGGUUGCUGUCUAUGACCCAGGAGCACGGCAGAGUGGAGCCUCUCUUAGGACAACUAGACUAUAGCCAGUACCCUCUGGGAACACUACUGACCAUCAUCCCCUACCACGCAUGUGCAACAGCCAUGAUGCAUCCUGUGUACUACAUCCACUCGGCCGGCCGGCUGGUAGGGAAGUGGAUUCCCACGCGAGGCUGGUGAUGCAGAAAUGUUGCAUCAUGGGAUAUGUAGUAUUGUAUGGACCAGCCUGUAGUUAUAGGAGAAAUGGCUCCUAUAUCUACUAUCCUGGGUGCCUUAUUACACUGUCAGGUUUCCCCUUUGGGUCAUCAGAUAGUUAGUCACCUUUACGUCUACAUGUAGGUACAGUCAGUCGUAGUGUGGGACAGCCUGAUUAGAAAACUGCUUGGGAGAUGUGGUUGAACUAAAGUGUUUUUCUUUCCCAUGCGGACCGAGUGAGACAGAACAUCAUCAAUGAUAAUGUUAUUUUCUCCCCAGAAGCUACAUUGCUAUUGCCUGAUCUUCCUUGAUGCUUUGUAAAACUUUGACUUCCUUCAGAUUUUAAUAUUAUCUUCAAAUAUCUGUCUAAUCUUUUUGACAGACAGUAUUACCUCCAAUUAAACACAAAUUAUUAUUAUAAUUUUUUUUAACCUCCAAUUUUGGGCUGGAUUUGUAAAAUGUUGAUAACCAGUCAUCAGUAUUGUACUGCAUGCAUUCUGUGUUGGUAAAUGCAUUAUAGCUGAAACUGGUUCCUGGAUUGUUGACCUCUGCUUAUAGAUGAGUGAGCAUCUCUUUACCGUCUCCUCCCAAUUACAAAACAUAUCAUUGGUGAUUUUUUUUUUUAAACCUCAACAUACUCUGCACAUUUAAGGGGAUUCCCUGACAUAAACCUGUGGGAUGAGCUGAAGAGGAGAAUCUACAAGGAUCUGGAUUGAUUCUGGAUAAUAAAUGUUCACACAUC